UGUCUAAACAGGCAGCGAGCAAAAAGAUAUUUUACCAACAGCAGUAAUGUCGGGCAGGUCGGUUCGAGCGGAGACGCGGAGCAGGGCGAAAGAUGACAUCAAGCGGGUUAUGGCUGCAAUUGAAAAAGUGCGGAAAUGGGAGAAGAAAUGGGUCACUGUUGGUGACACCUCAUUGCGAAUCUACAAGUGGGUACCGGUGACAGAGCCCAAAUCAGAUGAUAAGAAUAAAAACAAGAAGAAGGGCAAAGACGACAAAUAUGGUUCUGAGGUCACAACCCCUGAAAACAGCUCCUCCCCGGGAAUGAUGGAUAUGCAUGAUGACAACAGUAACCAGAGUUCCAUUGCAGACUCAUCCCCGCUGAAGCAGGAAAACAGCAACAACACAAGUCCUGCACCUGACUCCAUGGCAGCUUCUCAGAAUGACAGCAAUGACUUGAAAAGUGAACAUUAUCCUUCUAAACAGCCUUCAUCUGGUCAGGAUCAUAAGAGUGAACAAAAUCACUGCUCAUCAGAGUCCACAACAGCCAAAAGAGACAGCAAGUUGCAGGGGGAUUCAGAUCUCUUUUUAGACUCUUCCAAAUCAUCCCAGGAAUUGGAAGACAGUGCUCCUCCAAGCAAAAAAGGGAAACUCGAUUCUUCCUCUGAAGAAAGCUAACUGUCUUGCCUGAUGUCAUGCAUUAUCCUGAAACACAUCACAACAAAAUUGAGGUUUUUCUGCAGUUCUACACACUAUUCUACAGCCAUCUCUUCACCUUCACCCAGAAACCCAUUUGUUUCUUUCAGUCAUUUUUUUUUGUGUGUGUAGAGGGCACGUCUGGACCAUUGGAUUCCAUAACAGACAACAUGGAAUGAGUCAAGCUGUGAGAUAUUGUACGGUUUUUAAAAUGAUUGACAUUGCCCUACUAUCACUACGUGCUAAGAUCAUUAUGGUCAAAGGAAAAGGCACUGGAACUGCCAUAGGUUUUCCUAAUUGGCUUUGAUAUCAACUGCCAUUUGCGAUUGAAAGAAAAUUUGUAUCGCUCACCUUUUCUUGUUCACUCAGGAAGGUCAACACACUGUUUUUAAUCACGCUGAAAGUAACUGAUUUCUGCUGCUGUAGUUUUAAUAGUGAUAUUUCACCAUGAGUAGCUAAAUAUAUAAAAGAAAUAACAUUUGCAAAUGGUACUAGUCACAAGUUGAGUCAGACAGGUUCACCUGUUAAGACCAUAGCUUGUAGCGUAGGUCCUGCUUGGUUGAGUGCAUUUGUGUUACUGAAAAGAUUUUUUACGUCUACUUUUCUCCAAAGUGCCCACUUUUUUGUUUUCAUUUUUUUUUUUUCAUUUUACACUAAUGCUCAAAUUAAACUGUGGUGUUCAAAUAGUGCUUUGAAAUGCUGGUUGCCAUUUCAACAGCACUACAACCUUCCAAUGUACACAAGGGAUACAGAGAUCACUUAAUCUUGAUAUGUCAAAUUCAUCAAAUGUACUGACUGCAUGUGUCGUCGUCCAAGGAAAAAGUGACAUUGAUAAGAUUGUAACACAGCAGGUUAUGGGUAGACAGCUGUGCGUAUACCUCAUACUCAGUCCAGCAGUGCUGGAAUGUAAACACUAAGUAUGACUUUCUCGAAACUACUCGGUUAUGUCUGCUUGAAAAAUAAAAUGUAUAUAUUUAUACAAUUACGGUUUUGCUACCCUCAUGUUUUUGCCACAGUAUUUCGCCAAACUUUUGCCUUCUGUAGUUCAAUCUUUGAAACUUUUAGCAAAAUGUAUUCAUUGGGACCAUAUUGUUUUUUUCCAGUCUAUAAUAGAAAUGUCUUGUACAGAAGUAUGGUUGUGUCUAACCUAUUUAUUCCACAUGUAGUUUAUUGGUUUUCUAAAAAAAUACAAAUAAAAGAAAUUAUUUCCUUUGAA